CAGCUUUUGCUCACUCGGUUAGAGCUGGAAGCCGCUUCCACUCGGAGUGUCUCCUUUAUGGAGGUGGAAUUGUUUCAUAUUAACAUACAAAUGGAAAGAGAUUUAUUGAAACAAAUCUAGUGCCAAUAUAUGUAUGUGCUUAAUUCCAUGCACAUCUGAGAGCUCUGUGACACUGGUCUCGCCCUGAUAGUAAAACGAAGCGUGAUUGGAUGAAGAUAGAAUGUGCUAUGAUUGGUCCGAGUAAUGUGGCCGUUAUCUGAUUGGCUUGAGUAGAAGAUGGGUGGAGUCCACCUAUUUGUAGAUUUGUGUGCACAUCUUGGGCUAGAUUUGUUUCAAAAUCAACAAAUGCGUGUAGCGACCUGCAAAUGUCCAGGAAGCGAUCCACAAAUAAAUGCGCGCAAUUCACAAAUGAAUGCUGGACAGUGUUGUGGUUUUCCAUCUCCAUACUGCUACCGCUGUUAUGACAGUGUCCGCUGCCUCAGCAUAGACGUGGAUAGCUGAAAACGCGCUUAAAAGGGGGGUUACGAGCACAUUUGAUUUAAAUGACAUGGGAUAUGCAAGAAUGUGUUGCCCUACCCUCCUGGCACAGGUGGAAAAACCCAGACAGCAAUGACUUUGUUACCUGCAGAUAGGGACAAAAUGGCACCUCAGCAACCUUCCAGCAUGGAGAAACAGACUGGAGAACCAUGUGAGCAUGAAUCUGAGGAGGAAGAGAAGGAAGGACCAGGACCACCUUUAGAUGAAGUUGAAAAGGCCACCACUGAUGCUCCGGAUGGAGGCUGGGGCUGGGUGGUCCUGCUUGCUACCAUCCUUGUCUUAGCAUUGACACUGGCCUUUCCCUCCUGCAUUGGCAUCUUCUAUGUAGAUCUUCAGAAAGAAUUUGAAGCCAGCAACAGUGAGACAUCUUGGGUGCCAUCAAUAAUGACAGCAGUUCUACAUGCUGGAGGUCCUCUUUGUAGUGUGCUGGUGGAACAUUUCGGUUGCCGGGCGACAGUGAUGUUUGGGGGAGUGCUGAGUGGUGUGGGGAUGGCCGUCAGCUCUUUUACACGUUCUAUACUCGAGUUAUACAUCACUGCGGGGGUCAUAACAGGUCUGGGUUUCUGUUUGAGUUUUCAGCCUGCUGUUACCAUCCUCGGUUAUUACUUUGUGCGCCGUCGUCCUUUUGCCAAUGCAAUGUCCUCCACCGGCACUGCUCUGGGCCUGUCUACGUUGCCAUUUUUAGGUGACUACCUUCACAGUGAGCUGGGCUGGAGAGGGAGCUUUCUGGUUCUUGGUGCUGUGCUACUUAAUUGCUGUGUUUGUGGGGCUGUUAUGAGACCACUGAAACCUCGCAAACCCAGAAGCUCCAAGGCAACGAGGAACAGCCCAAGAUCCCCAGACAAAAAAGGACUGAAAGAGAGCAUACAGAGAAUGUUUCAGAGUUUAGUAUCCUUCCUCAGAUGCCACAUGGCCUUUGACCUGUUCGGUAGUAACCUGCGAUUUCGGGUCUUCUCCUUGGGCAUCACCUGGAUGAUGCUGGGGUUCGUGGUGCCGCUUAUCUACCUGGUUCCCUAUGCUACUGCCCAUGGCAUGGAUCAGAGCCAAGCCGCCCUGCUGCUCUCCAUCCUGGGCUUUGUCAACAUCUUUGUGCGGCCUCCCAUCGGAGUGCUCUUCAGCCUGCCCUGGUUCAAAGGCCGACACAUCUACGUGUUCUCAGUAGCACUGUUCAUAAAUGGACUCAGUAACAGUAUUUGCUGCAUUGCUGCCAGUUUCCCGGUGCUCUUAAUAUAUGUGCUGACUUACGGGCUGUCUAUGAGCGUGAUUGGCUCGCUGAUGUUCACCGUACUAAUGGACACGGUUGAGAUGAGUCGAUUCCCAUCUGCUCUCGGCCUGCUGUCUAUCAUGGAAAGCGUCACACUGCUGAUUGGGCCUCCUCUUGCAGGAAGCCUCGUGGACAGAACUGGCUUGUACACAUAUGUGUUUCUGGCUUGCAGUAUCUCAGUGGCAUUAUCAGCUCUGUUCCUAAUGGUUUCCUUUUACUGGUUGGACUGUCACGGUGAAUCCCAGAAGGACAAUUCAAUAGCUUCUGGGUCUCCAGCUAAGCCUGCAGUUACUCUGCCCACAGUACAGUACAGCAGUGUGCCUACAGAUGGGGACAAGACGAAUGACCCGUCUUCAGAGACAGAAAAUGUCACUGAUAUAUGACCUGCAUCAGAAUCAGACUGGGUUUAUUCAUGUUUAAAUUGUUACCUAUAUCAGGUGUGUUACAGCUCAUGAAAAUGUAUUGUAUGUAUACAUUGAAAAGAAUAGUUUACUCCGUUUCUUAGUAACACAAAAUGGGUUGUUUUUAAAUAUAUCAUUUCAGUGAGUGUCAAACUCAAGAUGUUUUGUAUCUUGGUAUACUGUAUGACACUGUAAUGCUUUUCUAAACGUUCCGGUCUAGUGAGUUAAACUCACAUAAACUCAUGAUGUCAUGUCACUGGUAUGCCUUGUGCUAUCUAAAUGCCAUAGUACUAUAAUGCCAUCUUUUUGGUUUACUGUAAAUUAAAGGCACUGUAAGUGACUUUUUAAUACCAUGUCAUUACUAACUGACAGAUAUGACUGAAAUAGGUGUCCUGAGAAAUCUCACCUGUCUCUGUGACAGCCCUAGACUCUGCAAACAGCAAAAAAAAAAAAAAAAAAAAAAAAAGAGUCAGGUGAGUGCUUUCUCAGCCAAUCAGAAAAUGCUAUCUGCCUUUUAUGUGUUUGUGUUUGCUUACGUGUCUUUGGAGUGCAGAGUUUUGGAUAGAGAACUGGUGGUUUACAGGUUCAUCCAAUUCAGUUACCUAGUCGUCAUGGUAAAUCACUUAUAGUAGCUUUAAAUAUUAUAAAAUGAACCUUCAUACCUGAGAAACUUGAAGCUAUUAAAAGUCAGGAAUCCAUCAUAGCUGAUUUGUUUCAUGCCAUGCCCACAAAAUCUACACUCAACAUCUCAAUAUCUACAUAACUACAUUUCAAGUUUUUAGCAGACUCAAUAUCUUUUUGUUUAUUCUUUCUCAGUUUUAUCACAAUACAAUAUAUUAUGCAUUGUGAUUGUAUCAUAAGCUCCGUACACUGAAAGACAUGCAUUCACUGUCUAAAAAAAGAUUGUUCACUUUAUGUUUUACCUUUACACAUUCUAUUGCCAAAGUGUAAGAAAAGAGAUUGUUUGAUGAAUUAGGAGAAAAUCUAAUUAUGUUUAUGUUUUAGUAAAGUUGUUAAUAGCCUACUACACAUGAGCAUUAAAUGGCUAAAGGUACAGGACUGUGCAAAAAAUAUUGAUAUUUAUUUAAAAUAAACAUUUAAAGACAAAUUUUUGUGAAACAUCUACUGUGCCUAAGGCUUUUGCACAGUAAUGUUAACCCAAACACAUAUACAAUGAAACUUGCAAAUGCAGAGCAAUCACAUAUCAAAUACAGACUUUCUUUUCCAGUUUUCAAUGGGUACUUGAAUAUGAUUUGCCCUUAAUACUUACAGGAAUUAUGUGCUCUUGUGGGGUUGUUGGGUUCAUGGAUUAGUACUGCGAGUGCUUGAACAGCGAGUGUUCAAAGGGCCCCUUUUUAUUCAAUACAGAAUAAGACAUUUCACUGUACACCGAUUUAUAUGCAAGCUAGCUGUUACCUUUUCUCAUGUAAGCUGUUUUGGUCUUGUCAAAGUUGUGCUGUUGUUUUGUCAUGUAUAUCAAAAUGUAUAUUACAGUGUAUUUACUACAAUAAUAAAGUUUAUUUAUGUUUUAA